AUGAUCAAAAAACCUUCAUCUGAACCAAGAAAGAAACGAGUUGCCAAGGCAUGUGACAUCUGCAAGAAGAAGAAAGUAAAGUGUGACGGGCUUCGUCCUUGUCUCCACUGUACAGUAUACUCUUAUCGCUGCAGCUAUGAUUCCCCGAACAUUAGAAAUAAAAAAAAUCCGGGAAUUCCCAAACCAUCACAACCAAGUGUUGCAGCAUUACAAGCAGCUGCAGUUCAAGCAGCUGCCAACGGAGCAUUAUAUGGAGAUUAUCAAGGUGCUGAAUUAUCAUCGUCGUCAAAUGGUGUCUUGGUUGAUUCUUAUCCGACUAAAAAUUUAAUUAUUGCUCAACAAGUUAUUAGUACACUAAUACCGAAAUUACAAUUUAAUUGCUUCGAUCAAAAUUUACAAUUCGAUUUGGAAAGAUUUCAAAAAGCUGUAAGUCAUGUUGAACAAAAACCAAGUACUUUAAUACAAAACAUGAAUGAUGUGUCCGAUUUCAUGUAUGAAAAAGAUACUAUAAUUCCACCCCCACGACAAGCUUCAGUUGGCUCUUCAUCAGAAGACCUGUCAUUACCAUUGUCACCAAGAGAAAUCAAGUCAUUAUUACCAAGCAAAGAGGAGACCUUACAAUUAAUUUACACUACGUGGUAUAAAGCUUGUGUUUUAUUUAGGUUUUAUCACAGACCAUCUUUAUUAGAAGAAAUUGAAUUAUUAUACUCACUAGACCCUUCUGAGUACGAAGAUAGACAACAUAAAUUCUUACCAUUUCUAUAUUCAAGUUUGGCCUGUGGUUGUUUAUUUAGUAAAACUCCUUAUGAAAGUUCUAGUCAUAAUGAAAAUUUAGAAGAUGAUGGAUUUAAAUAUUUUUUGGAAGCAAGAAAAUUAAUUGAUAUAAGUAAUGUUGGAGACAUCAAUUCAAUUCAAACUAUUAUUAUGAUGAUCAUGUAUUUACAAUGUUCAGCUAGACUAUCAACUUGUUAUUCGUAUAUUGGUAUAGCGUUAAGAAGUGCAUUAAAAGAAGGAUUACAUCGUAAUUUAUCUAUUUUCCAAAAUUCAAAGAAAAAAUUGGAUCCAAUAGAAAUUGAUACCAGAAAAAGAUUAUUUUUCACUAUUUAUAAAAUGGACAUAUACAUUAACUCAUUGUUAGGUUUACCAAGAUCAUUAACUGAAGAUGAAUUUGAUCAAGAAUUGCCUGUUGAAUUAGAUGAUGAAAAUAUCACAAGACAAGGCUAUCAAUUUGAUAAACAAGAUGGUAGAUUAAGUUCUUCAGGUUGUGCAAAUCAUCAUACCAAAUUAAUGUUAAUCUUGUCACAUAUUUUGAAAAAAUUAUACCCUGUAAAAGUUAAUGAUGUAAAUGACGAAUUGACAUCAUCAUCUAAUACAUAUUCAUCAGAUAAGAUUCAUGCAAAAGUAACUGAAUUAGAAAUUGAAUUGAAGCAAUGGCUAGAUAAUCUACCAUCUGAAUUGCAACCAACCGAUCCUAAUUCAGAUAAAAUUGAUAUUCCAAGAAAAUUUAUUUUGGCCAAUUGUUAUCUUCAUUUAGCAUUUUUAAAUUGUCAAAUUAUGUUAUAUAGACCUUUCAUCCAUUUUAUUAGUGAUUCAAUGAAUGGUUCCUCAAGUGAUCCAAGAUCAUUGAUUAGAGGUAGAAAUUGUAUCAAAAUAGCCAGAAUGGUUGUGAAGUUAGCAAAUAAAAUGAUUGAUCAACAGUUACUAGUGGGUACUUAUUGGUUUUCAAUGUAUACAAUAUUCUUCAGUAUUGCAUGUUUAAUUUACUAUUACCAUUUUGCUAAUUAUAAUAAUAACGGAAUGGGAGUUAAUGCCGCAGGAGUAUUAUUUGAUGAUGAUUUGAAUGUUGAUGUAAUUAAAAAAGAUAUUGAAAUUGGUAAAAAAGUUUUAGAUUGUUUAAAAAACUCAUCAAACAGUUCGUUAAGAAUUUACAACAUUUUAAAUACAUUAUUUGAUCAAUUAAAUAGAAGAACAGCUUCAAGAUCAAUGAAAAAAAGUGGAAAAAGCAUAAUUUCGAAUUCGAAUCCAGAACAACAAAAGCAACAAAUUUCAUCAAAAUUUUUAAAUGAUGAUGUGAAAGAUACUUUUAAAAAUUUCGACAACAAUAAUCACUAUUCACAAAGUUCCAAAAAGGAAGAUUUAGGUCAAUUGUUUAGUAAUAGUAAUAUUGUAAGAUUUCAAUCUACUACUGAUAUUCCAAAAGAAAUUGUAAAUAUUGAAAAAUUAUCAAUCAUAAAAGAAGAAGAAAAUCAAGAAGUUGGAGAAAAAACUGGAGCUGAAUUGACUGCUGAUUAUAUGCCUGGUGUAUUUGAUAAAUUAGAUGCUCAAAUUUUUGGUAAAAUUUUACCACCUUAUAUGUUGGAAAGUAAUGAAAAACAACGUCAACAACAACAACAACAACAACAAGCUCAACAAGUUCAACAACAACCACAGUUUCAGCAACCUACUUUACAAUCACAACAAUAUCCUCAACAAACACAAAACAUCUACAACAACAAUGCAAAUCUACAACCACAACCUGAUCAAUUCAAUACCAAUAAUCAAACAAAUACUGAUAAUUUAUCAACUAACUCAGUUCCUACUAUUAAUUCUACCAAUACUGAUGAUAUAAUAAAUUUUGAUGAGAUUUUUAGUACUUUGAAUAACGAAUUUACAAGUAAUCAAUUCGAUUACUCACCACCAUUUUAA